AAAAGUGUUAGGUUAUGUCCGGAGCACGUAGAGGUCAAUUAAAUUUCCAAAUUGAAAAUCAUGAAUUAGAAAGCUCCCAAUCAGCAGGAUGUUAUGUGUCUACGGGAAUAACAUGCGGGAAUAGAGCUCAUUUCAGUUGUAAUUUCGUACUCCUUCGGUUUAGUCUAGUCUAGGGCAUACUUGUAUUUUUGAAAUGAGCGAAAAAAAAGUUAUAAAAGUUGGCUCUCGCAAAAGCGAAUUGGCCCUUAUUCAAACACGCCAUGUAAUAUCAUUACUGAAAGAGGAAUAUCCUGAUCGAGAAUUUGAAAUUGUAACUAUGAACACACUUGGCGAUAAGGUACUAGAUAUACCUCUUCCUAAAAUUGGUGAAAAAUCUCUUUUUACAAAAGAACUUGAGACUGCUUUGAAAACUGGAUAUGUUGAUUUUGUUGUUCACUCAUUAAAAGAUCUACCAACUACCCUGCCUGAAGGAAUGGCUAUUGGUGCAGUUUUAACAAGAGAAGAUCCAAGAGAUGCCCUUGUUGUCCAUGAAAAAUUCAAAGGUUGUAACUUGAAUACUCUCCCAAAAGGUAGUGUCAUUGGCACUUCUAGUCUGAGGAGAUCUGCUCAACUCUCAAGGAAAUAUCCCAGUUUGAUUGUUGAAAGCAUCAGAGGGAAUCUUAACACAAGACUGAAGAAAUUGGAUGAAUUGAACAAGUACUCUGCAAUUGUUUUGGCAACUGCAGGGCUGCAGAGAAUUGGAUGGUACGAAAGAAUAUCUGAGAUUUUGGAACCAGAUGAUAUAAUGUAUGCAGUUGGUCAGGGAGCCUUAGCUGUAGAAUGUAGGAAAAAUGAUCAAGAAAUUCUUGACUUAUUGAGUCCUGUCUAUGAAUUGGAAACUGCCUUGAAGGUCCUAGCAGAAAGGAGUUUUUUAAAGACACUAGGUGGUGGGUGCAGUGCACCUGUAGCAGUAACAUGUAAUUUAGAUAGUAUUGAGCAAAAGGAAGACAAGCACACUAAACUUACAUUAAAAGGGGGCGUAUGGUCUUUGGAUGGUCAGAUAGAAAUUAUAGAUGAAACCUCCACCUAUUUAUCUUAUACAAACAAUAGUAAGAAAUGUAAAAAUUGUCCAUAUAAAGGCAAAGCAAAGGAGCUCUCUAAUUACAAAACCCAAACUGCUGGUUGUUCGAAAAGAUGUUCCUCAACGACUGAAGAAGAAGAUGUUCCUAAAAAGAAACAAAAGCUCGAAGAGGUACCCAUAGAGUUGCUUAAAGAAGACCCUCACGAACACUGCCCUGUUGAAAUACCCAUCGGUUCCGAUUUCAUGGGUAAAUGUCCUUACUUGCAAAAAGACCCCGAGGAUGUCAAGAAGGUAUUGGAAGAUUUGGAGAUGAAGAUUCCAACCCAAUGUCCCUUUAAAUCUGCAAGCAAGGAGAUUUCAACCAGCCAAAACGAAAUUUCUCCCUCUGUAUCGGAAGAAGAUGAAUAUUGCGGUUUGGUGCCGCAUGGGAAGGCUGAAAUCCAAGAUUUUCGAGAUGCCGCUUUAUUGGGACGAAAAGUGGCUGAGCGGAUGAUCGAAAAGGGUGCUUCAGAGGUUAUGGCCAAAGCUAGGGCAACUAUACAUGUUUGAAGUUUGUUUUGUUUUAGUAUCAUGUUUUAUCUCGAUUGUUAUUGUAAUAAAGAUAUUUUUAUGGUUUGGA